UUUUUUAAACCUUUCUUCAAUCGCAGUCAUGUCUGAACAGCCUUACGACCCUUAUAUCCCAUCCGGCUCCAAUAAUGCCGCCGCCGGGGCCGGUGCUACCACCGGGCAAAACGGUGACCCCAAGACAAGGGAAAUCGACAAGAAAAUCCAGGAAACCGUCGACACUAUGCGUUCGAACAUCUUCAAAGUUUCGGAACGUGGCGAGCGUCUAGACUCUCUCCAGGACAAGACAGAUAACCUGGCCACAUCGGCCCAGGGAUUCCGCAGGGGUGCCAAUCGCGUGAGAAAACAGAUGUGGUGGAAGGACAUGAAGAUGCGGGUGUGCCUGGUCAUCUGUGUCAUUAUUCUGCUUGUGGUGAUCAUUGUCCCCUCUGUUAUCGCAUCCAAGCAUUAAAACCACUUUGACGAGAGUCACGUUUUGGAAUGGAUGUUUACUCAGCUGGUUUUUAUUUUUGAGCUCGUGGAGCUUUGUUUUCAGCCGCUAAUACCUUCUGUUUUUU